UAUUCUCGAUUUUCACGAUUUGAGAUCUCGAAUUCUCUGAAUCGCAAUUUUUCGACAAUCGUCUCUCUCCGACGCGGUGUGUCCAACGACCUCGAUUGGAAUCGCGACAAUUUCAACCGCGGAACGGAAACGCUGAGAAUGACAGCGCGCCAUUUCGCCGGCGCGUUCUCGAACAUGGCCGAGGGGACGACGAUCGCAGGUGGCUGCGAUGGGGAAACGGAGAGACCGCAAUUCGGAACGCGGAAUUUGUCCCGCGACGAAAACGUCUUCCAGCACAAUGCAUGGGAUAAUGUUAUAUGGGACAAGGAACAAGAAAAAUUGGCACAACAAAAAGUGGACGAAAAUUCCAUCGUAAUGAUGUCACCUGAUGAACUUUUAAAAUAUGAGACUGAAGCAAAUAAAUAUUGGGACAAGUUUUAUGGAAUACAUAACAGUGGGUUUUUUAAAGACAGACAUUGGUUACUGAUUGAAUUUCCAGAAUUAGCACCCAAUACCGUAAAACAGAACAUGGAAAGGCCCAUGAGAGCUGCACUUACAGAUGAGGAUAAGAACUAUGGAGAUAAACACAUCAAAAUUCUCGAUUUACCGUGCAAGGACGAUUGCAGAAUAUUGGAAAUAGGUUGCGGUGUAGGAAAUACUGUAUUUCCUAUACUUAUGUAUAAUACAGAUCCGAAAUUAUUUGUCUAUUGUUGUGAUUUUUCUGCGACAGCUAUAGAUAUAUUGCAACGAAAUCGUGCUUAUAAUAUAAAUAGGUGUAAAGCAUUUGUUCUAGAUGUAACUCAGAAAACAUGGACAACACCUUUUGAACCUAAAAGUCUAGACAUCGUUAUCCUAAUAUUCAUAUUAUCUGCCAUUCAUCCGGAUAAGAUGCAACAUGUUGUAAAGCAAAUAUAUAGGUAUCUGAAACCAGGUGGACUAAUUUUAUUUCGUGAUUAUGGUAGACACGAUUUAGCGCAAUUGAGGUUUAAGAAAGGUAAUUGUCUCGGCGACAAUUUCUAUGCUCGCGGAGAUGGCACUAGAGUGUACUUUUUUUCGCAAGGUAUGUGCUCCUUUUCUCGCCAAUUAGAAAUGAAUUAA